GUUUUGGAACAAAAGGUUGUCUAGUUCGAGCUGAGACUUGUGGAGCAAUGGGUGAGCCAAAGACUGAGGUGAAGGAGCUGCAUGAAGAAGAUGCCAAACCACAGAUGAAUAAAAAUGGGAAAAGGGGUGGAGCUGUGAGCGGAGCUUCAUUCCUCACCUGGUUCAUGGUUCUGGCUCUUCUGGGCGUCUGGAGCUCAGUUGCUGUGGUUUACUUCGACCUGGUGGAUUAUCAGGGAGUGAUCGCAAAGGCGAAGAACUUGCGCUUUAAUAUUUCAGAGAUUUUACAAGGUAAACUCUCCUCGUACGAUGCUGAUGGUGAUGGAGACUUCGAUGUGGAAGAUGCUAAGGUUCUGCUGGAGGACACACCUGGAGAUCUGUCCAAGAAAAGAGGACUGAAGGAGAAGCCUGAUGUUCUAGCCUCUGGACUGUCUGAACCUGCUGAAGCCUCAGAGCCGGUUGUAGAGAAUCACAUCCACGCUGCUGAACAUGAAGAAACAUCUCAGAUCCCUUCAGAGCUUGAGGUUGAGGAGGAGGAGCCUGUUCUCGUAGAGGAGGAGCCUCUGGUUUUAGAGGAGGAGCCUGUUCUUGUAGAGGAGGGGCCUCUGGUUGUGGAGAAGGAGCCUGUUCUUAUAGAGGAGGAGCCUUUGGUUGUGGAGGAGGAGCCUGAUCAUGUGGAGGCGGAGCCUCUGGUUGUGGAAAAGGAGCCUGUUUUUAUAGAGGAGGAGCCUGAUCAUGUGGAGGAGGAGCUGGAUCAUGUGGAGGAGGAGCCUCUGUUUGGAGAGGAGGAGGAAGUAAAACCACUCAUGGGAGAAGAAGAGGUUCCUGAAGAAGAGCCUGAAGUGGUGGAGGAAGAGAAAGAAAUAGUGGAUGAAGUGUCAGUGGAUGAGGAAGCCUUAGAAGAAGCUGUGCUUAUUGAAGAGGCAAUAGAAGAGCCUUCCUCUGCUGAGGAAGUGGUUGAAGAACCUGCUUCUUCUGAGGAAGUGGUUGAAGAACCUGCCUCUUCUGAGGAAGAAGUCGCCCUGGAAGAAACAGCUGUUGAUGAAACUAUAGACGAAGCAGCUCCGAUCAAGGAGGUGGUUGAUGAAGCUGCUAGUGUUGGUGAAGCUGUAGAAGAGGUGGUUCCUUCUGAGGAGACAGAAGAGGCAGGUCUAUAUGAAAUAGUUGAAGAAACUAUUUUUGUUAAAGAAGACGUGGUUGAAGAAUCUGAAUCUGAAGCAUCUGUUGUAGAAGAAGUUUUUAAGGAAGUAGUGGAAGACUCAGCACCAGCAGAAGAAACAGAAGAAGAAUCUGUCCCUGAUGAGGUAGAGUUCGAAGAAGCAGUUCCAGUUGAGGAAGUAGUGGAGGAGCUUUCACCAGUGGAAGAAGUAGUAACUGUAAAAGAACCAGUAGAAGAGCCUGCUUCUUCUGAAGAAGCUGCAGAAGAAGAGGUUCCCAUAGAGGAUGUGGUGGAGGAGAUCUUAACAGAAGAGGCUGAGGUUGCAGAAGAAGAACCGGAGGAGAUCGAAGAAGAUGAAGAAGAUGAUGAUCCAGAUGAUGGAGAAGAACAGAACGAGGAGCCGACGGAGACGUAAGUGUUGGCACCCGUGUGGACGAGAGAGAAAGGAUUUACUCAUAUGAGAGCUGCAGAGUAUCAACAAAACUCCAGCAUUUGACCAACUGCAUCCAUCUUUUAUUUGAUUUGAUGCUCAGAUGUUUGAUUUCACACAUUUUUUUUAUUUUAAACAAGUUUAAGUUCAUUACAUAUUUUUCACUUCUUUACUUUGAGUUUCUCCUUCUGUUUCUGUUAGACGUCAAAAUGCCGUUAUUAAGUUUGUUGAGAAUCAGACGAGAUCCUGUGUAUUGAAGCUGCUUUGUGAAUGUGAGCUCUUCACGUGUGUGUGUGUGUGAGUGUGAGAGAGAGAUAUGUAUACACCCAUUUUGGUGUUAAUGUGAAGGUAUGACACAAAGCUGCACUGAUGGCUUUCACUCCUCACUUCAGCAUUACAGAAAGUUGUGUGUGUGUGUUUCUUACUACAGAGCCAUGAAUCACUUUGUCACAGUUGUACUAAGCUCAGUUUUCACUCGUGUGUGUGUGUGUGUGUGUAUAGUGAUGGUGAUUAUACACGGCGUUACAGUACAGAUUGUGUAGUUCACAAACACUACACUAGUGCAGUUUCUGUUGUCAGUUUUUUUCACAACACUUCGGCUGUUAAAUUUUUUUUUGUUGUUUUUUUUAAUGAUGUGUUAAUGUGAAUGUUUUUAAACGGUAUUAAACGUUGGGUAAUUUACAGCGUUUUCUUUUGUUUUUUAAUGUUGUGUGGAAGUGUCCAGUCUGAGGUGUUUGUAAGCCAUAUGUGGGACUUUGAAUCUGGAGAAGGGGAAACACAAACCAGCAAUAAAUGUCUGCACCUGAUUUAGUUACAGUUUGUGUGUAAACAGGAUUUUAUUUCUGAUUAGGUUUACAUGAUAUCCUGCUGUAGGGUCUAACACACUAACUUAUUGCAGUUUUAAAGACUUUUGGGUCAUAAUUCUGUGUAAAAGUUUCCUUUCUGAAUGCUGCAAUAAAGGGUUGAAAAAAAAACUGA